AUUUCCUUGUUGAUCACGUAUUUUAUUGUUGUUAUUAGUUUCUUUGUAAAAUUAUCUGAAUUGGUUUCCAUAUUAAAGUUAAAAAUGAGUUCAAAUGAAGUAGAACAAGCAACGACAGCUCCUAAAGAAUUGUCAUUUGCUGAAAAGCAAGCAGAACGCAUGAAAAGACUCCGAACCUUGCACAACGCUAGAAACGAAGCAAGGUCCCACAAUCAUCAAGAAGUCGUAGCUGAAGAAGCUAGAAACAAGUUACCAUCAAAUUAUGAAGCCAAACGCCGCCAAGCAGAAUGGUUAAUGGACGACCAGAAUAAACGCGAGGAAGCAUCCAAAGAAGGGAAAGAUUACGACCGAGUCAAAUUACUUAACAUAUCAGCGGUAGAAGCAGAAAGAUUGGAACGUAAAAAGAAGAAAAAGAACCCAGAUCAAGGCUUCUCCACCUACGAGCAAGCGACAGUUAGGCAAUAUAACCGUCUCGUCAAGAACAUGCCGUCAGCAGAUAUGGAGCAGUAUGAACAGCAGAAGCAAAAAUAUGGCGACGCCUUUUACGGCGGUCCGAACGUUAUUAUUCACGGGAUGCAUAAAGACAGGAAGGAAGCAGUGGAUAAAAUGGUAGAUGACUUGGAAGGACAGAUUGCUAAAAGAGCUAAAUACUCUCGGAGACGUACACACAAUGAUGAUGCUGAUAUUGACUACAUUAAUGAACGGAAUGCCAAAUUCAACAAGAAGUUGGAACGAUUCUAUGGAGAACACACUGCAGAGAUUAAACAGAAUUUGGAACGAGGAACUGCAAUAUAAAUUGCAUUAUGUAUUUAUGUUAUUCUGUAAAUAAUGUAAAUCUUUUAAGAAAAGGACAAUAAUGGUAUAAAAGAGUGACUUCUUUUGAUUUUUUUUACAGACAAUUAGGUAUAUUAAGUUGAGUAGUAAUUGUUAUUUAUCUGGAUUUUAAUAAUUCAUAACAACAGUUUUCACAUGAAUUGAGAUUCCUAGGCACUUUUUAAAAGUAUUUAUUAGCAUUUCAAUGCAAGGAUCUGAAAGUGAUAUAUUUAUGAUUUUAGUUCUCCAAAAAUAAUAAUGAUAUUAAAUAGAAUACUGCGCUGUUCAUAUAGCCAAUAUGUAUUUCCAAAAUGGUGUACUUACAUACAUUUUAAAUGAAAUAGUUAUUUUAACUAUACUUGAUUGCUGUUCUUUUUUUGGAAGUUUGUUAACCAUUCAUGAUUCAUCUUUACAACUUUAGAUCUUAAACUGUAGGAUAAGAUAAUAAAAAACAAGUUAAACAAA